AUGGAUCAACCAUGCUUCGUUGAUGGAAGAACAAAUCACUGGGCCAAAGACUAUCAUUACAAGAAAACCGAGCCCUGCAAGCCAAAGCCUAAGUGGAACAAAGGACAAUGGGGUCCUAAAGCCCAAGUGAAUGUGUUGGUGGAUCAAGAUGAUCAAGAUGAACCCAAUCUAAGAGCUCAAGUGGAAAUGACACCGUCACACAAUUAUGUGGAAUUGAAGAUGACAUAUGGGAAGGCUUUAACUCUCAAGGAUGUGCGACAUGUUCCUGAUGUGAGGAAAAAACCUUAUCAGUGGAUCGUCCUUAGUACAACAAUUUUUGAAGGUAAUAAAAUUUCUCCUCAAGUUUCUAAUGUUGAAUCUUGUGAUGUAUGGCUUGGAAGGUCUCCUACUAGAGGUGGAAACAAGUACUUUGUGACAUUUAUUGAUGACUUCUCUAGGAUAACAUUGAAGGACAAUGAGAAAACUCCUUAUAACUUAUGGAAAGGAAGAUCGUCUAACCUUAGAAUCCUAAAAGUGUGGGGGUGUUUAGCUAAUAUACUCUUACCCGAUCCUGAGAGGAAGAAAAUAGGUCCGAAGACUAUAGACGCAGUUUUCCUUAGUUAUGAGAAAAAUAGCAGUACUAAUAGAUUCCUGGUGAUUAACUCUGAAGUAAAGGAGGUUGCAAACAACAUAGUUAUGGAAGCCAGAGAUGCUACAUUCUUCGAAGAUAUUUUCCUGUACAAGACAAGAAUUUCUAAGGAAGUAUAA